AUGCCAAUCACAAGAUCACAGAAUGGGAUGCAGCGAGGAGAAUCGACGUUGACUGUUACCUCCGCCACUACGUCCGAAGUCCGGACUACAGGCGAAGAGAUAACGAUCGAGCAGUCCACGUCGACGAGCGCAGCCAGCCAAUCAGAGCAAGCAUUGACUCUGACACCAGCGGGUUAUACCCGGCGGGCCGCAUCGAGAACCGUAUCAAAAGCCAGCUCAAGACGACUAGCCGAGGCCAGAGAAGAGUUGGCUCGCUGCGAGCUGCGGAAAGCGCAGGCAGCAACACACCUGGCCAGAUUACGAUUAGAAGCGGAAACGGAAGAUGAAGACUCCGUUAUAGAAGACGUCAACUAUGACCAUGAAGAAAGGGUAGCAAACUGGAUGCGCUCAUCGGAACAAAAGCCAGAAGAAAUAGAAACAAAGAGCGACAUUCGAGCAAUAGCCGACGCAAUAAAGGAAGUCAUGACGAACCAUGUAAUGCCGCAACCGAAAUACAUUCAAGAGCUGCCAAUAUUUGAAGGGGACAGCUCCGAAUGGACGGCGUUCCGAGUUGUAUACGAAGAUACAUCUCCCAUGUUCUCGGACGUUCAGAACAUGGCGCGGCUGCGUAAGGCGAUUAAAGGCACGGCGAGAGAGAGUAUUAAGAGCCUCUUGUACUCAGAAGCGACGCCAGAAGAAGUAAUUAACGCUUUACGCCGAAGAUUUGGUAGACUCGACGCAUUGGUGCUAGCCGAACUUGAGAAAUUAAAAGCGCUUCACAGAACGACAGAAAAUCCCAGCGACAUAUGCGUUUUCGCAAGCCAAAUAAACAACAGUGUGGCCGCCAUAAAAGGAUUGAAGAAACCGCAAUACCUGUACUCGCCGGAAAUCAUGAAAAUUAUCAUAGAGAAGAUGCCCGCGAUUCUGAGAUUCAGAUGGUACGACUACACGGCUGCGAGGGAAGAGGAAUCGUUCUCAGAUAUUCAAACAAUAAGCAACUUCCUCAAUUUAGAGGCGGAUAAAUGCGGCGCAUUCGCGGUACUUGAAGACAGCAAAAGUGUACGACCGAGCGCAACGAUAAAAAGACCGGUGAAGCAGGCUACUUUUAAUAUUGCUGAAAAGAGAAGACCAGAAGAAAUCGAGUGCCCAGUUUGUGAAGGCAACCAUAAGCUCAAAGACUGCCAAGGAUUUCUGAAGGCGGCAGUCAACGAUAGAUGGGAAACGGUUAAGAGACUUAAGGUUUGCUUCAAGUGCCUAGUUGGAAAGCACCGGAAAGAAAAAUGCCGAAGACCACCGUGCAAGCUGUGUCGAACAUGGCACCACAGCUUAUUACAUGUGACAUCGGAGAGCGAACAAUGUCAUAAAGAGGCAGCGACCAAGACAGCGACGGUCCAUACAAUUAGUACUCCAAAAGCUAUUUUAAAGAUGCUUAAGGUGGAGAUCUAUGGACCGACUGGGAGCAAACAAGUACUAGCGCUGCUAGAUGAAGGCUCUACGGUGACACUGCUCGAUGAAAAUGUGGCUGCAAGCAUCGGCAUUAAAGGUCCUCGCGAAACCUUAAAUAUAGAAACUAUCGGUGGAGGACAAAUGAAAAAUCACGAAUCAAUGAUUGUAGAUAUCAAAGUGAAAGGGAUAAGACAAUGCGAGAAGAGCACACUGAAGCGGGCAAGGACUAUCAAAGAGCUGAAAUUAACCCCACAAUUUAUCGAUAAAACCCGAAUUCAGAAGUGUCAUCACUUGCGGGGUUUACUGCAGGACGUGUGUUACGAAGCUGAGGCGCCGAAGCUGCUCAUUGGCCAAGACAAUUGGCAAUAUAUUGUCUCGUUACAGAUGCGACGUGGAAAGCCAGGGCAGCCGGUGGCAUCAAGAACAAAGUUAGGAUGGGUUAUCCAUGGCUACGAUAGCAACGGCGUGUCUCCGAUCAAUUAUGUAAACACAUGCGCACAUGCAAGAGUCGUCGAAGACAAAAUAAAUCAGCCGGUGAGAGAAUAUCUUAUUAUUGAGUCUUUGGGGAUUCAGCCGAAGAAGCCUUCAACGGCUAUAGAACAGCGAGUGCUAGAAAUAUUGGAAAGAAAUAGUCAACAAUUGGAAGAUGACAGAUCCGAGGUCGGACUAUUGUGGAAAAGGAAAGACGUACAACUUCCAAACAAUUUCUCAGCGGCCUUCAACAGAUUUCAAGGAAUAGAAAAAUAUCUGCGUGAGGACGCUAAGUUUAAAAAUGAGUAUAGCACGCAAAUAGAUCUGUUGAAAAGCAACUACGCUGAAGAAGUAACAGCCGACUGCACAUCGAACAAAAAGUUGUACCUGCCUCACUUCUCAGUGAAGAAAAAGCUAAGAAUUGUCUUCGAUGGUGCAGCCAAUCACAACAGAGUCAGCCUCAACGACAUUCUGUUGUGCGGACCGGACUUCAGGACCGGUCUACAGUCAAUAUUAGGAGUGUUACUGCGAGUACGUCUAGGACUCCUAUCGAUAGCGGUCGAUAAAAAAGAAAUGUUACCGCGAGUGAAUAUAUGUGAAGAAGACAGAAAUAGUCUCAGGUUCCUUUGGCGAAAAGACAAGAAAGCGCUAGUGAAGGAUAACAGAAUGUUAUCAGUGAUUUUAGGAGCUGCGUCACCUUGUACCACGAUUUAUAUAAAAAACAGAAAUGCAAAGGCCUUCGUACAUAAAUAUCCAGAAGCAGCGCAAGCAAUAGAGCAAUAUCGCUAUAUGGAUAACUAUUUGCAAAGUUUUUACUGUGUCGACGAUUACCAACGAGUUAUACAGCCAGUCAACUUGAUCUACAUGAAGGCGCACUUUGAGUUACGAAGAUGGGCGUCGAACAAAAGAGUGAUCAUUGAAGACGACACCGAAGCUCGAAAAAGCUACCUAGAGCAUAUCGGUAGAAUAAAAGAUAAUCGGCUGCCGCGAUGUGUGUCACUAUUCUGCACUGAGGGGGAGCUGCAUACUGUCGCAGACGCGAGUAAGACAGCGUAUGCAGCCGCAACUGGAGGUAAUGGAGAAUACUUAGAAAACCUCGUUGAUGCCAAGUCGAGAGUAAAGUCUCGGAAAUCAAUAUCUACGCCGAGACUUGAAAUGCAAGCAACCUUGUUGGGGACAGAACACAUAGACAAUUCACCAAUCACGAACCUAACUGACAAUUCGAAACAGGAGACGCUAAAACCAAACUACAUUCUCAUUGGACGAUCCAGUGGAUCUGCGCGCAUACUACAUUUUCCUGAUGCAAAGCUGGUGGGCAGAAAAGAUUUGAAGUCCGUCCAACGACUCUCUGAUCACUUUCGGAAGAGAUUGCUACGGGAGUACUUGCCCAAACUACUGCCCAGGAAAACGACUAGACGACAGAAAGGCGAGCAGCUGCAACCAGGCGACGUGGUUCUUAUCGUAAAACGCACGCUACCACGAUGCACUUGGCCGAGGUAUCAUCGAAACUACAUACCCCGGGCCCGACGGAAUAACCAGAAUCGUGGAAGUCGCAACCAAAGGGGAAGUUUUACGAAGACCAUCGUCGAGGAUCCUGAUCUUGGUGCCUGCGGAGUCGCCGUGCAGGAACGACGGUGCUGCGCACGAGGGGGAGAAUAUUUGCCUGGGACAGCCACGCCUCCGUUUUACAAGGGUAGGAUGCAAGAAAAUACUGCAUCGCAUCCCGAUCUGCUGACUUGUACUGCCACAUGCGGCAAAAGCCCGCGAAGCGAGGCAGUAGAUGGCAAGACGGAGAUUUGGUAG